GGCGUCGGGGGUCUGGGGACCUGGGCCCCCGGGCCAUCCGCCCCUCGCUGCCUUCGCCGGGCCAGCGCCGUCCGCAGGCGGCGGCGGGGCGCACAAAGAGUGGCCCUGCGCCGGAGCGGCCUCUGGUGCGCGAAGGGAGCAAGGCGGCGAGGCGGCCGACGGCCCUGCGGCCGCGGAGGGCGCCGCGCCGGGCGAGGGCCCGGGCGGGGGCAGGGGCGCCGCGGCGGGGCGCGGCGGCGUGGACCCGUGGACCUGGGCCUUCGGCAGGCCGGGCGAGCUCCGGCGGGACCUGGCGCUCCUGAACACCUCGCCCGAGAGGGUGUUGCUGGCGGCGCUGAUCGCGCCCACCAUCGGGCUCGUGGCGAACCUGUGGGGCGAGACCGAGUUCCUGAUCCGGGCCUUCCCGCAGGCCGGGCCCGUGGUCAUGGACCUGAAGCUGGACGCCCUCUACGCCGUGGAGGGCCUGCGGGGGUACUACGCCGACGAGUACGAGGUGCACUACCCCAGCGAGUGGCUGCAGGACCAGACGGUGCAGCUGGCCAAGAUGGGGCAGUCGGACCCCGCCGGGGGCCGCGUCUACUCCUCCAGGGCGGGCUCUGGCAGCACCGGCAAGCUCGUCCCCGACGUUGCGUUCGGCCCCCCGGGGGGCGGGCAGCGGGCGGCCAAGGAGCGCGAGAGCAUGUCUGUAGUCAAGC